CGAGUCCGGAGCCAGAGUCCAAUCACCCGCACGACCGAACGCCUCCAGCCAUAGGCAGGUGGAGGGAAUAGGGUUCCCCGGCGCCCCAGCCACCGCCGCCGCCGCCGCCGACCCCGACCCCUCCGGCGACCGGCCAGAAUCCGCAGCUCAACCAAACACAGCCUAAAGACGACUAAACCUUUCGCCGGAGAAGAGCCCGAGAUGGGGGGCGGGCCGCGGACGUUCCCGGGCGGGCUGUCCAAGUGGCAGCACAAGCGGAUGCACGAGAAGCUGGCGCGGGGGAAGGAGCGGGGCCUGCUCCGCCACGAGAAGCAGCUCUACCUCGCCCGCCUGCGCUCCGAGAUCCGCGCCUCCCACCUCCCAGGCGCCCCUGCCUCCCCCGCUGACCACGCCGGCCCCACCUCCUCGCGCGCCCACAUCCGCGCCCUCGCCGACCGCUUCCUCCGCCCUGGCGCCGAGGACCUCUGGAACGACGAUGACGGCCCGCUACGCCGGGCACGGCUCCCCCCGCACCAGCAGCAGCAGCCCGCGAGGAGCCUGCCGUCCGGCGCCCGGAUGGUCGACUGGAAGCAGGUGGAGUCAGGGGAGAAGCCGAAGCCGCCCCGGGGAGGAGGGGACUGGAAGGACUGGGAGGAGCUGGAUUCUGGGGAGCCGACGGCGGGAAGGGGAGCCGGAAAUGAGCCGCGAUUGCCCGCCACGUUCAACCAGAGGAGAGGGUACGGGACGGCCGCUCCCUGGUGGUGGCAAUGGAGCCCGGGCUCCGGCACGCCUUCGCAGAGGAAGGAGGCGUCCUUCGGCUUCUUCGGUCUGAAGAGAUGCUACUCGGUGAUGCCUCCAUGCUCGCCGUGCCGGGAAUCGGGUGCUGCGCUGAUGCCGUUGGUUGCUAGACAGCUCGCCGAGGCUGGGAAUGGCAGGAAGGCGACACCGUUGGCUCUGUUUUAUACUCAGGAGAGGUUGUACUCUGUAGCAGCCCCACGGCGGUUUGGCCAGAAAUGGAGGCCGGAUUCAUCAGACGAGGAUGAGGAGGUUAUGCCGGCUGCUAGGGAUCUGAGGUUGGCAAAAUUCGUGGCUUCGAGGGAAGAUGAGUCGGAAGAUGAUGAACCGGGGGAGACGAGCGCCAUCAGGAGGAAAUGGAGCACUGCUGCUCUGAGGAACUGUGAUAUGAAGAGAGAUAGGAGACCGCUCAAGUCCUACGAGGAGGAAAGCGAUGAUGAUAUCACUGGUAGAAUCCAAGAGCUGCGAGAGGAGAUAAGAAACAGGGAGGUGCUGGGUGCUGAGAGGAGGCGGUACGAGUCAAGGGGUGAAUCUGUGUUUACCAAUAAAAGAUUCGAUGAGUGUGGCAUCUCCCCACUUACUGUCAAAGCACUCACUGAUGCUGGAUAUAUACAGACAACUGUUGUCCAGGAAGCAGCUCUUCCAGUUUGUCUCGAAGGUAAAGAUGUUCUUGUCAAGACCAAAACUGGAACCGGCAAAAGUGUAGCUUUUCUGCUUCCUGCAAUUGAAUCAGUCUUGAAUGCCAUGAAGAGCCAUACAAAUCAUCGAGUGUCUCCAAUAUUUGCCCUUGUCCUAUGCCCUACAAGAGAGCUUGCCGUCCAGGUUACAGCUGAGGCGAAUGUUUUGGUGAAGUACCAUCAUGGAGUGGGUGUUCAGUCUCUUAUUGGUGGCACUAGAUUCAAGCUUGAUCAAAGACGGUUAGAGUCCGAUCCAUGCCAGAUUUUAGUGGCAACACCUGGUAGGCUGCUGGAUCAUAUUGAAAACAGAUCUUCAUUCUCUGUCCGCUUGAUGGGAUUGAAAUUGCUUGUGUUGGAUGAAGCUGACCACUUGCUAGAUUUGGGUUUUCGCAAAGACAUAGAGAAGAUUGCUGAUAGCUUGCCACGCCAAAGACAGACACUACUAUUUUCAGCUACUGUUCCAAAAGAGGUUCGAAGGGUUUCACAGAUGGUUUUAAACAAGGAUCAUGUUUUUGUCGAUACAGUGGGCUUGGGGGCCGUUGAAACUCCUACUAAGGUACAACAGCAAUAUCUCGUGGUACCACAUGAACUGCACUUUCAUAUGGUUCAUCGCCUUCUUCGAGAGCAUAUUGAUCAGGAAGUGGACUAUAAGGUGAUAGUUUUCUGCACAACUGCCAUGGUGACUGAAUUUAUGUAUAUAAUGCUUCGAGAUCUGAAGCUAAACGUCAGAGAGAUACAUUCAAGAAAGCCCCAGCUUUAUAGAACACGUAUUUCUGAAGAGUUCCGGGAUUCCAAUCGCCUGAUUCUGGUAACAUCAGAUGUUUCAACACGUGGAGUGAAUUAUCCAGAUGUUACUCUAGUGAUUCAGGCUGGCGUUCCUCCUGGUAGAGAGCAUUAUAUUCAUCGUCUUGGAAGGACUGGAAGAGAAGGUAAAUCCGGGAAAGGAAUUCUGUUGAUUGCGCCAUGGGAAGAGUAUUUCUUGAAGGAGAUACAUGAUCUUCCAAUACAGAAGGCUCCUGUGCCACAGAUUGACCAGGAGAUGAAACAAAAGGUUGAUGAUUCGAUCAGGAUUGUUGACAUGAGCAUCAAGGAAGCCGCGUACCACGCAUGGCUUGGUUACUAUAACUCAAUAGCUGAUAUUAGCAGAGACAAAGUCAUGCUUGCUGACCUGGCUAGUAGGUUCGGCGUCUCUAUCGGCAUGGAAAAGCCUCCGACGCUGUUUAGGAAAACCGCCUUGAAGAUGGGGUUAAAGGGUGUACCAGGAAUUCGGAUAAGAAAAUGAAUAACCAAGCUACAUUUUAUCUCCCAUUCUGUAAUUCGUCUUAUUUCUAAUUUUCACUACAUCAAGUCUGAAACUGAUCGAUGUCUUGUUGACUGGCUCAAACGAAGAACGACUCACACAUUUUUCUUACGGCCUUACACUCAUCUGAAUGAGCUUUGGUCGGCUGUGACAGAUGUAUUUACCCUUGGCAUUAUUGCCUUAUUGUCCAGCCUCUUAUUCUUGGGGAUGUACUUGCUUGCAGCCAAAGUGCCUCUUUUAGGGUUUACAUAGGUAAUAUCAUGCUUGUCUCUCAUGUGAGAUGGACACUGUAAAUCAAUGUCUCUUCAGGAGUUAGCUUGACGAAAGCUAAAUAGGUUAUUUCUCUGUUUAUGGCAAGCCUAUCUGUGAGAGCUUAAGGUCAGUUUGUUUUCAGAUGAACUAUGAGACUAUCAUCUUGUUUCUUUUCCUACCAUAUCUUGCUUUAAUUCCUGAAGCAGUUGGGUUACUAAUGCGAACGUCAAAGGCCACUGCUUUACAACAUUUAGGAUGGAAGAAAUACUGGAAGCUGUUUGUAGCUAGCUACUUGUCUCAGCUGACUUCUGGUUUUUGUUCUUACAGACAAGAGGCCUGGGGAUUGUAAUCAAUGGCGUAAGUGGAAAGAGGACUGAAGAUUAAUUAUUCCUCUCAAAGCCCAUGGAGAACCGGUUGUUAUUCCCCAGAUCGAUGCGCUAAGCAGCUCUGGGAUGCACGUGCCAAAGGCCUGUAGAAAGCUCAAGAGAACACCUCGAGGAAAGUCGAGGAAGAGCUUUCAAGGUUUUCUAAAGAUGGGGAUCCUCCAUUGGAUCCAGAAGAAGGUGAUCCCGCCCAAGUUCCGAAAAGCAGUUCUCCAUAGGCUGGGUACCGCAACCUUUUUGACACCCAAAAUGAUGCUACUCUUUGGAGUGGUUGCUCCUUAGGCACUUGCAAAACGAACACUUUUGCUGCCCUGCGCAGCAGCAAAACUGUGGAAUCUUUCUGCUCUGGGCACCUAGUGAAAUGAAACCAAACACAUAGCACAACUAGUUUUUUUCUGAACUUGAAUGAUCCAUUGACUGGCUGACUUCGAUGAUGCUAACGACGCAAGCUCGUUGUUCGGAAA